AUGGACUCAUCACCCAGGACCAUUCGCUCCCUGCCUCUGGCAUACAGAAACGCUCGUUCGCUGCCUAACAAGUACGUNCCAUCCGACUACACCACNCGGCGUACACUGACGUUCGCUAGUGUCUGGUGCAAAAGAUGCUCUCAGUUCCGUCCCCUUGCCACGUUUGCCAAAAACCGCCAGAACGACGCCAAGUUCCACCUCACUUACAAAGGUGCUAGGAUGGGAGACAAGAAGAUAUUCGAGAAGCUCUUCUGCAACAACUGUACUGGUGCCCCUCCUGUCGAGCUGAAGUGUACUGGCUGCAACAGAAAGCGCCCUCUCGACCACUUUUCUACCACUCAGAGAAACGCUCCAGACACCGCCAGAUGCCGCAAGUGUAUCAAUCAGAUUGAGAACGUCAGACCAGGACAGCAGCAAGAGCAUGAGAAGUAUGGCUCCGACGACGAAUGCAUCGCCGUAGGUAUAUAUCGCUCACCUUGGAGGAUAUGGCUUACAUUUUCGNNGAUAGGACAUAAGCAGACUCGAUCUUGCCCCCAAGCUUCCACCGAUGGAGGUGUGCCCCUGACUUCGAUCAACGGCUUCGUGCCCGUCCCAUCAACCAGCCGCAGCACUCGUGUGCCCACGAACACUACUGCCUCCGGCACGUCCAGCUCUGGUCGCUCUACCUCGAAAACUGCCUCAACAGUCAAGGCCCCUGCCCUUGUCAUCGGCACCGGCGGCUUCGCAGUCGUCAAGUCAGGCUUCCGUAAAGUUCCAGUUCCUGAAUACAUCGAUGACGAUGACGAAGUCGUCAGUGGACCGGACAGUGAGCCUGAUUACGAGAUGUGA